AUGUUCAAGCAAUCACUUAGACUUUUCGAGAAAGCUAUGCCUUUGGCAUACAAAAACAUGCUUAAGGAUCCAUCAAAAAAGUAUGUUCCGUUCAAGGGAGUUUCGUUGCCAGAUAGAACUUGGCCCGACAAGAGUAUCACAAGAGCUCCAAGGUGGCUUUCCACCGAUUUGAGAGAUGGGAAUCAGUCUUUGCCUGAUCCUAUGUCCAUUGCAGAGAAGAAGGAAUAUUAUCACAAGUUGUUGGAAGUUGGUUUCAAAGAAAUUGAAGUAUCAUUCCCAUCUGCCUCACAAACGGACUUUGACUUCACGAGAUACGCAGUUGAAAACGCCCCAGAUGAUGUUUCAAUCCAGGUUUUAACACAGUCUAGAGAACCAUUGGUCAGAAGGACAGUCGAUUCUGUAAAAGGUGCUAAAAAGGCUACUAUUCAUAUUUAUUUGGCCACUUCAGACGUUUUCCGUGAUGUCGUUUUUAACAUGUCAAAAAAUGAUGCUAUUGAAAAGGCCGUUGAGACUACAAAAUUAGUCAGAUCUUUGACUAAAGAUGACCCAUCGGCUCAGGACACAGAAUGGACUUUGGAAUUUUCACCAGAAUGUUUUUCAGAUACACCCACAGAGUUUGCAGUCGAAAUUUGCGAGGCUGUUAAGAGCAUCUGGGAACCAACUACUGCGGCUCCAAUCAUCUUCAACCUACCAGCCACUGUUGAGGUGGCUAGUCCUAAUAUCUACGCAGAUCAAAUUGAGUACUUUUGUAGAAAUAUCUCAGAGAGAGAGAAAGUUUGCGUUUCUGUUCAUCCACAUAAUGAUAGAGGAUGUGGAGUUGCUGCUGCUGAGUUAGGUUUGAUGGCUGGCGCUGACAGAGUAGAAGGAUGCCUCUUUGGAAAUGGAGAAAGAACUGGAAAUGUAGACCUAGUUACAGUUGCCUUGAAUUUGUACACACAGGGUGUGUCUCCAAACUUAGACUUUUCUGAUAUAGAAGAUAUCAUUGAAAUAAGCGAGAGAUGCAACAAGAUACCAAUUCAUCCCAGAACACCAUAUGGUGGAUCUUUGGUUGUGUGCGCAUUUUCUGGUUCUCAUCAAGAUGCCAUUAAGAAAGGAUUUUCCAGAUCUGAAAAGAGAGCUGCUGAGGGAGAUUUACAAUGGAAAGUUCCUUAUCUCCCAUUAGAUCCAAAGGACAUCGGCAGAAACUAUGAAGCUGUCAUUAGAGUGAACUCUCAGUCAGGUAAGGGAGGAGCAGCAUGGGUGAUUUUACGCUCUUUAGGCUUAGACUUACCAAGAAAAAUGCAAGUUGCAUUUUCAAAUAUAGUACAAAGAAAAGCUGACAAUUUAGGAAGAGAGUUGAAGGCAGAUGAAAUAUCUCAAUUAUUCAAAGAUGAGUAUCUUUCUGGGAGCAGCGCUGCAAUCAAAUUGCUUGAUUAUGAACUCACGAGGUCAAAGGCCACCACUGAUAGAGAAAUCACAGCUCUUCUUUCGAUAUAUGGCGAGAAAGUAUACAUUAAUGGUGCUGGAAAUGGCCCGAUUUCCGCAUUUGUUGAGGCUGUAUCAAAUAAGUUUUCAAGAUUAUUUGAAGUGGUGUCUUACAAUGAACAUAGUUUAGGUAGCGGUACCCAAGGAAAGGCUGCGACCUACAUUGAAUUGAAAUUCUUGAAUAAAGAAAACGCAAGCAUUUCCAACUGGGGAUGUGGCAUAGAAUCUGAUGUUACUGAAGCUUCAAUGCAAGCUAUUAUAGCUGUCCUCAACAACUUAAUUGAAUCAAAAGAUUUGCAUAUAUAA